AAUGCAACUUGAUUGAAGGAGAAGAUCAUGUGGAAGUGAAUGGAGAAAUUUUCCAAAAGCCUUUUGUAGAAAAGCCAGUUAGUGCUGAGGACCACAAUGUUUACAUUUAUUAUCCAACAUCUGCUGGCGGUGGAAGCCAGAGACUCUUUCGAAAGAUUGGCAGCAGAAGCAGUGUUUAUUCUCCUGAAAGCAGUGUAAGAAAAACAGGCUCCUAUAUUUAUGAGGAAUUCAUGCCUACAGAUGGCACUGAUGUGAAGGUGUACACAGUAGGUCCAGACUAUGCUCAUGCUGAAGCUCGGAAGUCUCCAGCUCUGGAUGGCAAGGUAGAACGAGAUAGUGAAGGAAAAGAAGUGAGGUAUCCAGUCAUCCUGAAUGCAAGAGAAAAGUUGAUUGCUUGGAAAGUAUGCCUUGCCUUUAAACAAACAGUUUGUGGCUUUGAUUUGCUGCGUGCUAAUGGACAGUCCUAUGUCUGUGAUGUGAAUGGCUUCAGUUUUGUGAAAAAUUCCAUGAAAUACUAUGAUGAUUGUGCUAAGAUACUGGGAAAUAUCAUAAUGAGAGAACUUGCUCCCCAGUUUCAGAUACCAUGGUCAAUUCCUUUGGAAGCUGAAGACAUCCCUAUUGUGCCCACCACCUCUGGAACAAUGAUGGAGCUUAGAUGUGUUAUAGCUGUAAUACGCCAUGGGGACCGAACACCAAAACAAAAAAUGAAAAUGGAAGUAAAACAUCAGAAGUUUUUUGAUCUCUUUGAAAAAUGUGAUGGAUAUAAAUCUGGAAAACUAAAACUGAAAAAACCAAAACAGUUGCAGGAAGUGCUUGAUAUAGCAAGGCAACUCCUUGUAGAACUUGGGCAAAACAAUGAUUCUGAAAUUGAAGAAAGUAAAGCAAAACUUGAACAGCUAAAGACUGUGUUAGAAAUGUAUGGGCAUUUUUCAGGCAUAAAUCGCAAAGUUCAGUUAACGUAUCUUCCUCAUGGUUGCCCAAAGACUUCCAGUGAAGAGGAAGAUAAUAGAAGAAAUGAGCCAUCCCUGCUUCUGGUUCUUAAAUGGGGAGGAGAAUUGACCCCUGCAGGCAGGGUUCAAGCAGAGGAGCUUGGAAGGGCUUUCAGGUGUAUGUAUCCAGGUGGACAAGGAGAUUAUGCUGGAUUUCCUGGAUGCGGUUUACUUAGAUUACAUAGCACUUACCGACAUGAUCUCAAAAUCUACGCUUCUGAUGAGGGACGAGUUCAGAUGACUGCAGCAGCUUUUGCAAAGGGACUACUGGCCUUAGAGGGUGAGCUGACUCCUAUUCUUGUCCAGAUGGUAAAAAGUGCUAAUAUGAAUGGCCUGUUGGACAGCGACAGUGAUUCUUUAAGUAGCUGUCAGCAUCGUGUUAAAGCAAGACUCCAUGAAAUUCUCCAGAGAGACAGAGAAUUUACUGCUGAUGACUACGAUAAGCUUACUCCAUCUGGAAGCAUCUCGUUGAUAAAAUCAAUGCAGGUUAUUAAAAAUCCUGUAAAGACAUGUGACAAGGUCUAUUCUUUGAUCCAGAGCUUGACUUCUCAGAUCAGGCAAAGAAUGGAAGAUCCAAAGUCUGCAGAUAUUCAGCUGUACCACAGUGAAACACUAGAACUGAUGCUGCGCAGGUGGGCCAAGCUGGAAAAAGACUUUAAAACAAAAAAUGGAAGAUACGAUAUUAGCAAAAUUCCUGAUAUUUAUGACUGCAUAAAAUAUGACGUGCAGCACAAUGGCUCCUUAAAGUUAGAAAACACAAUGGAAUUAUACAGGCUUUCAAAGGCUUUAGCUGACAUUGUGAUCCCUCAGGAAUAUGGUAUUUCUAAGACUGAAAAACUAGAGAUUGCCAAAGGUUACUGCACUCCUCUAGUUAGAAAAAUCCGUUCUGACCUUCAGAGAACUCAAGAUGAUGAUACUGUAAACAAGCUUCACCCUCUUUACUCCAGGGGUGUUAUGUCCCCUGAACGCCAUGUUCGUACACGGCUGUAUUUCACCAGCGAAAGUCAUGUCCACUCCCUGUUAUCCACCCUUCGUUAUGGUGCCUUAUGUGAUGAAUCAAAAGAUGAACAAUGGAAACGAGCGAUGGAUUAUUUAAAUGUUGUCAAUGAACUCAAUUACAUGACCCAGAUUGUUAUCAUGCUUUAUGAGGAUCCAAACAAGGAACUUUCUUCGGAAGAACGUUUUCAUGUAGAGCUGCACUUCAGUCCAGGAGCGAAAGGCUGUGAGGAAGAUAAAAAUUUACCAUCUGGGUAUGGAUACAGACCUGCGUCCAGAGAGAAUGAAGGCUCAAAGAAAAACUCUCAUAGAAAUGAUAGUGAUGAGGAGGCACAUGCUUCUAAAAGAGAUGAAACAGAUCGGUCAGUAGUGAUGUUCAAGCCAAUGGUAUCAGACCCAAUUCACAUACACAGAAAGUCACCCCUUCCAAGAUCCCGGAAGAUUGGUUCUGUUGAAGAAGAGAGCCCCCUGAGUGUGUCUAGCCCAGAGUGUAUUGGUACCUGGCUGCAUUACACCAGUGGUGUGGGUACUGGGCGUCGAAGGCGCAGAUCAGGGGAACAAAUCACUUCUUCCCCUGUCUCCCCUAAAUCAUUGGCUUUCACAUCCAGUAUUUUUGGCUCAUGGCAACAGGUCCUAUCAGAAAGCAAUAGUAAUUUACGAACACCGAGAACUAUUCUGGAACAAAAGCAGAGUGGCCUAGGGUCUCACUGUGCGGGCCUGUUUAGCACCUCAGUGCUCGGGGGUUCUUCAAGUGCACCUAACCUACAGGAUUAUGCUCGUACUCAUCGUAAAAAGCUGACUUCUUCUGGCUUCAUAGAUGACACCACACGCGGUUCUGCUGUUAAAAGGUUUUCUAUCUCAUUUGCUCGACACCCAACCAAUGGUUUUGAACUAUAUUCCAUGGUGCCUUCUAUUUGCCCUUUGGAAACUCUACACAACUCCUUGUCUCUGAAGCAGGUGGAUGAAUUUCUUGCUUCUGUUGCUGCUCCAUCAAGGGAAAAUCUACAGGAGACAUCUACUCCAACUUACAUGAUUCCACUGUCAGGAAGAAAAAUUUCUUUAAAUACAUAUACCCCUGCAAAAAUUCAACCAACACCACUUGAAACUUUGCCUGAAAGGCUAGCAAUAGAGAAACCAACAUUAUCUACCCCUGGAUCUUCUGUCUGUGUAUCUAAUGUUGAGCUAUCUCUUGAAGAGGCCUCACUAGAUGUAGAACUGAGCAGUGAAACUCAUUCUGAGAAGAAAUGA